CUCUACACGCUGUCAACAGCACCGUCGAGGUCUAAAUUAUUAGUGCGCGGCAACAGCUGAUCAGACUUGAACCAAGCCUAGUACAUUUACUUCCGAAUUCACGUCCAGCCACUGGUCGGUGUGUUCAGCGCGAGCGAAGUAUAGCGGUACUGCGCGGCAUGUAGGGUGGUGUGUGAGAGACCACACUGAUAUUUGGUGACAGCACUCUGCCCAUCUUCGCUGUUCCGUGACAACCUCGACGGUGAGGAGGUGUGUCAAAACGAAAACCAGGAUCCCGGGCUGCGGCUUGUGUACACUAGCGUCUGUGAACGAGGGCGCUUGCUCCGCGGAGGGUCACUGACAUCACUUUACGCGUUGACCACACUCACUGUCAGGUCUAUAUGGUCAGACUCAGUUAGCAUCCUUCUGCCUCUGAGAACAUCUCGGCGGGAACUGCAGCACCACCACCACCACGCUUAGUAACUGUCGACAAAGAUCUACGUUGGCGUAACUACGAGGGCAUUGGGGAAGCAGCUGGCAAGGUACCGUAGCCUGCUGUCUGUCCAGCGACAAGCUAGUAUCAGCACACAACCAGCUUAUGUGAAAAUAGCAACUAAUUAACACGAUAGAGUUACCAGAUAAGCGUCGUAGGGCUACUGUCGGCAUUAAAGAGGUGGUGUUGGUGGGUUUUUUGCUUCUUGGUGCAACUCUUGCUGCCGUGGAACUGUGACCAACUCAAAAUGACGGAAGUCAACUACGCGGAGCUCUCAACAGACUUGACAACAGAGGGCGCCAUGACAAGAACCCUACCCGAGAGCGAAGAUGACGGGGCCACAGCACGUGGACACAAUGCGGGCGCUAGGAUUACUGUCCUCUUUGUGCUGUUCUUUCUGGGCGUUAUCGGGAACUCAUUGGCUCUGCUCUGGAUAUGGAAGAACCGUAAGCGGCGGUCCCGCGUGAACAACAUCGUGCUCGGGCUGGCCACCGCCGACUUCUGCGUCUGCAUUUUCACCAUGCUAGUGUCGGUCAUCUACGAGCUUCAAAACUAUCAUUGGUACGCGGGCAACGUGGGGUGCAAGAUCAUCAUGGCACUACAGACUGCCUCUCUGAUGGCAUCCAGCUAUAUGCUGGUCAUCAUGGCCUUGGACCGGCACCAGGCCAUCCGUGCCCCCCUCAAGGAAGGUUUUUCGGUCAAGAAGAUGACCAUCUUGGCCUGGGGGCUGGCGUUGGGCCUCUCCAUUCCUCAGAUGAUUGUUUGGCAGAUCAAGAACAAAGGCUUCGACUCUUGCCUGACCAACCUGAAGGAAACCCCACAAUGGCGCCUGGUAUACUUGAUCUUCGGAGGUCUGUUCAUGUUCUUCAUUCCGUUCGUCAUCAUCACCGUGGCCUACAUCCGCCUCUCGAAGAAGAUCUGGGACAAGGCCCGGGAGACCUCGGGCAAAGCCCGCAACAGCUCCAAGAAGAAGAAGAUAUACAUGCAGAGCACAGGAUCGUCUUCACUCAACCGCGCCAAGAUCAAGACCUUGAAAAUGAGCGUUGUCAUCAUCGUCUUGUUUGUGCUGUGCGGGCUGCCGUACUUCGUGGUCGAGAUGAUCCAGAGUUACCUGCUGCACGUGGAAAGCAGUUUGAAUCCCGACGUGCUCGGCGUAUUCGGCAUCUUCGCAGUCUCCAACUCCGCGGUCAACCCCUACGUGUUCCUGUUUUUCAACAAGCGCACCAAGUGCAUGAAGUUGAUACGGUUGGGCUCGCCCAGCGCCCCGUCGAAGAAGAAGCGGCGCCUGGGGUCUCGCGGGGCAUCUUCGUCCAGCUACUGUCCGGACGAGACAACAAAGACCAUGCUUGAGACGAAAGCAGCAACAAGGGGAGACCUGAACAGUUACUAUCCUCUAGAUUCCCGGUACAACGAUCGCCACAAUAACGACAUCCGUAUGGACCCGAUUCGUGAGGAUAGUAAGAAUGCGUUGGCCACGCGUUGCGAUCUCAAUAGAAAUGUGUAAACCUACUAACCGUCGAAACUUUAAUUUCUCGAAAGAGGGAAAAAAUCAUAAAAGCCUGAAGAGCUAUCGUCAAGUGUUCCUUAUAAGUUAAUAAAAUAUCUUACUCUAUCAAAUACCUUGGAAAGUAAAUUCUGCACUUGUGUCAAUUUUUCUUCUUUCUUUUGUAGACUUUUGCGACCUUACAGAAUUUGUUGUUGCGCUUUUUAAUCAUUUCUGGUAAUGACACCAAGGAUUCCUCAAAAGCGCUCUUGGCACCGUAGCUCGCAAGCCUGAAGAAACCCUUGCAGAGAGAAGGCAUUAACUGACGAACGUGACGUUCUAAACUGUUUUUAACAGUCAAUCAGAGGAAUACAAAGGAAACUGGCUGACACGCGCUGGCCGCCGUAAUUGUAUGAAGGCCACAUUUUGCAAAAUGAGUUUGCCUGCAGUUGAAAAAUGUAUCCCCCCCCAAAAAAAUGUACAGUAUUGUUUAAGAAAGAUAUAAUUAUACCAAUUUAGUAUUUAGUGUUAUAUAAAAUAGGUAUCUACACAUUUUAAAAUUUUAUGGAAUUGUCGUUCUUGUUUUCACACCGACGGUCAAACACAUUGGCACGGCAAAAAACAGCCAGGCUUCGGGCACACCAAUGGCAGACCUUAUCCCUAAGGUUUCACUUCAUGCUGCUUUCGAAGUCGGCUGAUUCAUUUCAGGAAGGGGGGCACGUUUGGACAACUAGACAAGCAAAUGCAGCUGUAAACGGACGGAUGUGCUCGGCACCCGCUCAAAAAGAAAACCCAUUUUCUGCAAACCUUGAUCCCGCCACCCGUAUAGGAGCAUUGGCGUCGAUCGCUCCUCGGGUCGACGGAGAGAGUACAUUGAUAGGCAAAGGCGAACAUACUUAAGUUCCUUUUUAAAUCAGGUUUGUUCUUCAAAAACAUUGGGAGACAUGUGUUAAGGGCUCCGUCGAUUGACAUCCAUGCUUGGGGGAAAAUUAAAAGGACAGAAAAUCGUAUGCUUAAUAUCUUCAAUUUUGAACUUUUGAAUUCUGCUCAGUAAAGAAAAACAAAUUUGAGGAAUUGAAAUGAUUUGAAAGGAUGCAUUCUGUAUGCAGUAUAACUCUCAAAAUUUAAAGGCGAUUGAUUUGAUGUUUCCAAAUCCUCCGAUAUUUCUUCUUUAAUAUUAUGCUUCUUGGUGAGAGGAGACCACUGCCUCAAUUCUUCGAAAUCGACUGGCAAAACCCUUUUAAUACCGGUACGUUGAGGCAUUGUGAAUUGUAUCCUGGAAUGGAAUGGUUGAUUUCACGCAGAUUCUUGGCUCAAAUUCAUGCAUGGCCGAGCAUGAACAGAACACGGUGAAACAAUUGAAACAAUGCAUCCUUCGAAAUCAACGAUGCAGUUUUGCCCUACCGCAUCUCAAUCCUCCAAAGUCCUCCAAAACUGCCCAGAGAAUUUUGGAUGAUUGAGGACGGGGUUAAACAGAAUGGUAUGUAGCAGUGUUGUAACGAGCCACUAAGUUUUGUGACUCGAUUCGAAUUGAGUCAUUGUAACGCAGUGACUGGGGUAGCAAUACAUGGUAGGACAGUGUCUUUUAAUCUCUACUUUGAACUGAGACAGUGUUUGCCUGUGGGCCAAGCACCAUCAAACGUAACGUGGUCUUUUGAAGCGUGCAAUACUGCAUGUACUGUGCGCAAUGUACACUGUACAUGUCAGCGUUCUGGUGAUGACGUCAUACAACCAGCCUGGGAGUGCGAACGGCGAAGAGGGGAUUUUACGUGGGCUGGGAAACGCAGGAUCUUUUUAUUCAUGUUGGGGUCACAAUCAAUGGGGUAAACAUUAAAUUUACGAUGUUUUUGAAGUGGCUACGUAUUUAUUGCUUUUUUGAAUACUUCAAGUGAACUAAAUAUUUUCUAUUUCCGUUACCCUUUAAACACUGAGAUGUUCGGCAAGGCUACAAUAAUAUUUCUUUACAUAAGACCACUGUCUAAUAACGAAACUCUGCAAAAAUUGUCCAGUUCAUGGUGACGUCUUUCAUUGUAAAUAUUGUAAAAAAAACCAAGCCGACAGAAAGAAAGCUAACAUUACUUGUAUAUACUUAUGCGUAGUUACGAGAUAACGCCUCACUGAAGAUUUAUCUUGCUAUUUUUAAGAAAUAUAUCGAUAUCCUGGAUAUAUGUUUUGUAACGACGAUGUAGAAAUAUAACACAUUGAAUGCAGAUCGUUAUGUAUAGCGUAAUUUGAGUUUCAUGUAUACUUGUUCGUAUACUAUUGGUGUCAAAUUCCAUUAUAAUUUUGAAAUAAAUACAGAAUGUU